CCCAAUCCUUCUUGAUCUCAAAGGUCCAGUCCCAUUUUAAGUGUAUGUGCUUAUCAUCAUCCGUGAAGACCGAAGAAACCGAACUUAGUCAAAAAUAAUGCAAAGUUCGCAAUACAUAAACCAAAUGCACACCGCCGACAAAUUAGCCGAGGAACCCUGGCCUGAGGAUGCCAAGCUUUACCAGCCAUACGAAGCGGAACAGAUUCUGUUGCCGGAGAAUGCAAGCUGCUUGGCGGUAAAGGCUUAUCUAAAGAUGUGUAAUUUACCAUUUGAAGUGCGUUCCUGUUCCAAUGCAGAGCAUAUGUCACCGGGCGGACGCAUGACCAAGUUGCCGUUUAUACGAGCGGGCGCAUUCCUCUUUGCCGAGUUCGAACCCAUUGUUAACUUCGUGGAGCAAAAGGAAAUGGCAAUUGGGAGCUGGCAGGACGAAGAUGAAAAGGCCGACAUGCGCACCUAUGUCUCGAUGGUGGAGAACAUAUUUACAAUGGCAGAACUAUAUAUAAGUUUUAAGAACGAGCGCGUCUACAAGGAGGUGACGGCACCACGCAAUGGCAUCGUCUUUCCCUGGCCCUUAAGCGUGAUGCAAAAUAGCAGCAAGCGUAGCAAUGCACUGAGAUUGUUAAAGGUAUAUCAGUGGCAUGAUUUGAAAAUCGAAGAUGUCAUCUACAAAGUUGGCAAAUGCUGUGCGAUGCUGGAGGACAAACUACAAGAAUCACCUGAUACGCCUUUCUUCUAUGGAGAGAUGCCCUGUGAAUUGGAUGCAAUAGCUUUUGGCCAUUUGUUUAGCAUUCUGACCACACAGCUGCCGAACAUGGCGCUUGCAACAACAGUGCAGAAAUUUAAACGCUUGGUGGCAUUCUGCCAAUUCAUCGAUGAGAAAUACUUUCAAACGAGGUGCAUUUAAAAGUAAAUGCUUUGUAGCUUUCGUAUUUUAAGUUUCUGCUAAUCAGCUGAAGCAUUUACACGCUUUGCAUUUUAUUUUGAUUUGCAUUUGCAUUUUUUAUUUCAAGGAAAUUCAUUGAAAUCUAAAUGUG